AUGGCGCAACCGUUCAGUUUUGGGUUCUCGGGAGACGAUAUAGAGGAGGAUCCCAAUGAUGCUCAGCUUUCCAAUGAUUCCAAUACAGGGGCACGGGGUGAGGUUCCAGCUCCGAUCGAAGCGAGGCGGCAUACCUUAGACGAACUGCUCACCACCCUCCCCUCCAAACUCUCCUACUCCCUCCUCCGCCUCACCUCCCCAAAAGGACACACAGCCGUCCUCCCCCGGCGCGAACUCUUCGAUGUCCGCCUGCAACUCAUGGCUGAAGACGACCUCGACACCUCCGCGACCUCCACCUCGACCAACCCCGCCCUCUCCGCCCUCUCGUCCUCGGACCUCCAACCCAACGUCUACGAAGGCGGCUACAAGACCUGGGAAUGCAGCCUCGACCUCGUCAAGUUCCUGCUAGACCGCGGACCCAGGCGAGACCUAGAUGACAUGUAUCGCGUCCAACAUGUCGUAGAAAUGGGAUGCGGGACCGCAUUGCCCUCGUUGCUGUUAUUCCAAUAUGCCCUGAAGAAUCGACUACGGAUGGACUUUACACUCAUGGACUACAACUACGACGUCCUCCGCCUUGUUACCCUGCCGAAUCUCCUGCUCACCUGGGUGUCCACGCUCCCUGUCCAAGGCACCGUCGAGCUCUUCGGCGAAUCCGCGCAGAAUCCCAUCGCGCUAGCGAUCCAGGAACAGGAGCAACAGCAACAGCAAGAAACCAGCAAUAAUCCCAAAGAGCACGACUUCGCCGCCGACGACCUAGACCUCACCCCGGCCCUCCUCACCACCUUCCGCGCCUCCCUCCUCUCCCUCGGUAUAAAACUCUCCUUCAUAUCCGGAUCCUGGUCCCCCACCGCCAAACUCCUCUCUCUCGUGCCCAGCGCCCAGGACACGACGACCCUGAUCCUGGGCUCCGAAACGAUUUACAGCCCCGGUUCGCUAUCUGCGUUUACGGAGGCGGUGGCGGCGCUGAUUAAAAGGGUGAGGGAAGGGAAGGCGCUGGUGGCGGCCAAGAGGGUGUAUUUUGGGGUUGGGGGCAGUGUGGACGGGUUUAAGGAGGAGUGCGCAAGGCAGGGUUGUGUCGGGGUGGAGGUGGAGUUUGAGGGGUUGGAGGGGGCUGGUGUGAAGAGGUGUUUGGUUGAGGUGGAGAGGCUGUGA